AUGCCGCCCAAGACGACGUGGAAGGAUAUUGCCCCGGUGCCAACCGCCCAAGAAUUCCUCGACAUUGUCCUCAGCCGAACACAGCGAAGGCUCCCAACCCAAAUAAGAGCUGGGUUCAAGAUCAGCAGGAUAAGGGCUUUCUACACUAGGAAGGUCAAGUUCACACAGGAGACGUUCAGCGAGAAACUCGGGAGCAUCCAGCAGAGCUUCCCGGUUCUCAAUGACAUCGCUCCGUUCCACCGAGAUCUCAUGAACACGCUGUACGAUGCGGACCACUUCAAGGUUGCUCUAGGUCAGGUUUCGACGGCGAAGCACCUCAUCGAAUCCAUAUCGCGAGACUACGUCCGAUUGAUCAAGUAUGGACAGUCGCUGUUCCAGUGCAAGCAGCUGAAGAGGGCUGCGUUGGGUAGAAUGGCCACAAUCCUGAAGCGACUCAAGGACCCGCUUCUGUACCUGGACCAAGUUCGGCAACAUCUGGGCCGACUUCCGUCAAUCGAUCCGAACACCAGAACCCUGUUGAUCUGUGGCUAUCCGAACGUUGGGAAGAGUUCGUUCCUGCGCAGUGUCACUCGUGCCGACGUUGAGGUGCAGCCCUAUGCCUUCACGACCAAGAGUCUCUACGUUGGCCACUUGGACUACAAAUACCUCAAAUUCCAAUGCAUAGAUACCCCGGGUCUGUUGGAUCGACCGCUGGAUGAAAUGAACACGAUCGAGAUGCAGAGUAUCACGGCCAUUGCUCAUCUCCGGUCCGCCAUCCUUUAUUUUAUGGAUCUGAGUGAGCAAUGUGGUUAUUCCGUUGAAGCCCAGAUCAACCUUUACAAGUCCAUCAAACCGCUCUUCAGCGGCAAGUUGGUCUUCAUUGUAAUCAACAAGAUCGACAUCAAGCGGCCCGAAGAUCUUGACCCAGAGACUCAAGCCGCCUUGCAGGGCAUGCUGAAGUCGGGCGAGGUUGAGAUGCUCCAGCUUAGUUGCAAUACGCAAGAGGGUGUGCAAGCCGUAAAAAAUGCUGCCUGUGAGCGCCUGUUGGCAGACCGUGUCGCCCAGAAGCUCAAGGCGGGGACUACUAGCAGCGGGGCGGUUGGUGGCAGGCUUGCUGAUGUGAUGAGCCGCAUCCAUGUCGCCCAGCCGCUUGACGGCGUCACUCGAGAGGCGUUCAUCCCGGAAGCCGUGAAGUACAUGAAGAAGUAUGACAAGAGCGACCCAGAGAAACGAAAGCUGGCAAGGGAUGUAGAAGGGGAGAAUGGUGGCGCGGGAGUCUUCAACGUCGACCUGAGGGCAGACUAUCUCCUCAAGGACCCAGCCUGGAAGUACGACAAGGUCCCAGAGCUCCUCGAUGGAAAGAACGUAUACGACUACAUCGAUCCAGAUAUCGAUGCCAAGCUUCAGGCUCUCGAAGAGGAGGAAGAGAGGCUGGAGAAGGAAGGCUUCUACGACUCGGAGGAAGAUAUCGACGACUCAGAGGAGGAGAUCCUCCACAAGGCCAGUCUCAUCCGCGAGAAGCAGGCCCUGAUCCGCAACGAGGCCAGGAUGCGCAAGUCGCUAAAGAACCGGGCCAUGAUCCCUCGGAAGUUUGGGAAGAAGACCAUCUCGCAGCUCGACGACCACCUCGACGAGCUGGGCGUCGACACCACAGACAUUGUGCGCCGCGCCAGGGAGCAGUCGACGACGCGCGGCCGUUCCACGACCAGGAGCCGACUGGGCACCGAGGACGGCGACGCCAUGGACGUCGACUCGGCGCAGACGGCGCAGGAGCGCUUCCGGUCGCGCAGCAGGGCCCGCAGCCAGCCGGCCGUCAACCGGAGGGAGGACGGCGUGCAGGACGUGACCUCGCGGAGCAAAGCCGAGAGGGCGGCCAAGCUGGGCCAGCGCAAGAUGAACCGCAUGGCCAGGCAGGGCGAGGCCGACAGGCACGUCGCCGCGGCGCUGCCGAAGCAUCUGUUCGCAGGGAAGAGGGGAAUGGGGAAGACGUCUCGGCGUUAG